UCCUAGAAGCCCCGGACCAGCUGGGGAGAUAGAUUCCCAGGCCACCAUGUACCCAGCCAGCUGCCCGUCAAGUAGUCACCGCAUGCCAACAGCAUGCCAGCCUCUCCAGGCCUGUUAGGGACCCAGAGGUGAACCUGACUUGCUGCUGCUGCCUUUAGAGAGCUGCUGGUCUGGUCAAAGAGGCAUGGGAAAUGGAGGGCCCUGAUGGAGCAGGAAGAGGUGGGGUGGGGUUGGGGGGAGACAGAGACAGAAAGCUGCACCUCAGAGCCUCCCACCAUCCCUCUGGCUUCCAGGCUCAUUGCCCAGGUCUGAGUGGGGCAGGGGCCAUCCUUCUACUCUCCCUGAGGUAUGGAUGGGAGAGGGUGGGAGGGGAAGGCCCAGGAGAAGAAAGUGUUGUCAAAGGGGACAAGGACGGGGCCCUGAAGGAUCUAACCCAGGUGGGCCGGAUGGGGAGAGGGACAACCUGGUCUGUCCAGGUGAGUGCCCUUGGCCCCUCCUGAGCAGCAGCGCCUGUCCCUGAGGAGGACCUCCCCUCCCCUCAGGCAGGUGGGUAGCCGGUGGGCUGGACUUUUCUCCCACAGAUGGGAACACUGAGGUCCCUGCCCAGAGCCACACGGUGAUGGGAAUAGCAGACAGGUGCCCGGAGAGUGCAACAAACAAAGAGGCCGAGGAUGGAGAGGCCUCAUGUGAGGACUGUCCCCGGCCACACCGUGGGCUGUGGGCCUGGGUGCUCAGGUUCCAACACUGACAGGUGAGACCUGGCUGAGUCAUGGGUAUGGCUUGGCCACUGUCCCUGUGGGGGCCCCUGGGGCACCAGGGCUGAGCUGAAUAAGGUUGCAGUCUGGCUCAGGCUGAUUCAAGCCCCAAACACAUCCCACUGUCCCUGGCCCUCCGGAGGACUCCUCCAGGCCCCCAAACCCCAAAGAAGCGUUUGCCCACCCGCUCCAUCUUCACAGGCGGUGCCUGCACAUACACCCUAUCUCCUACAGCCCCUGAGCCUUACACACAUCCACACACGCCAUAAACAACAUUCCAGACACACACACUUUCCCCAAAUUUUUACUAUGAGCAGCAACCAGAAACAAAUAAAAAGGACUCUGACACUUGAGAAAAUUGGCCCCCUGCCCAUCUUUCCCAGUGGCCCUUGCUGAUCUUGGGCCAGUCACUUCCUGCCCCUCGUUUUGUGGGUGCCAGGUGCCCUCCCCUUGGCACCCCUCAUGCAGGGAGGAGCUGGCCUCAGGCUGUCUAACCUGAGGUCCAAGAAGCCUCCCUAGCCCUCCACCCACCUGCCGUCCACCCCAUCCAAGCUCCCGACAGACCCCACUGUGUGGGGCUCGCCUGGUGGACCUCCUGCUGUGUGUGAGUGCUGCCUGUCCUGGCUUCUGGAGUGAGCGAGGGGUCUCCACCUCUCUUAACAGCUUCUCUCUAUGAGCAGUCCAGUAAGCCAGGGCCUGGCCAUGGAGGGAGUCAUCGAAUCCCCCCUAGAACCCAGUGAGGUCAGGCCCGGCAAGGUGUCCAUUUACAGAGGAGCGUCUGAGGCUCAGAGAAGUGGAUCGCCAGCAAGGAGGAGCUCAGGCUCAAGUUGGGCUGGCUGCACCUGGCUUCUGAAUAGUGAAACCAGACCACCCCAUCUGCUUCCCAGAGUCAUUCUCUUUGAGCCUCACAAGGGCACCAGCUGGAUGGCUGGCCCAGGCUGGUCUCAGCCAGCACGGGUGUGGGUGUGCUGGAUUCCUGCCCCUGCAGGGCAACCAGUUUCAGAAGCUUAUGCAGUUGACCCAACAGCUGAUUCUAACCUCCUCGUACGUCAGUUUCCUUUUCUGUCAACUAGGAAAAAUGGUAACCACCCCUUCCCUAGGAAUUGUGGUGACAUUAAAAAGAGUUAAUCCUUGUAUGGUCUUACAACCAUGCCUGGCUACCGUGAUUAACUCAUUUCUCCUCUAACCACCAUUGCCUCUGCCUCAGGACUCUGCUCAGGUGUCCCACCUCCUCCAGGAAGCCUGCCCUAGUCUGGCUUAGGCAUCCUUGCCUGAUGCGGGCCUCCUCUAGCACUUGUGAUCCAUGACUGGAGCCCCCACUGAGCCCCUACAGGGCAGGAAUCACUGCUCAUGCUUCUCCGAGCUAGGGACCAGCCAUGCCAGGCUCCGUGUCACUCUGGGGAGUGCGUGCUGGGAGGGAGCUUGUCGCUUUAAGGUAUUAUCGAAAGGUAGGGACUCUCCUGCCCAGGCCUUGCUCAGGCCCUGGAAGCGCCCCUGCUGGGGGUAGAGGGAGGAGAGCACCCCUUCCUCCUCUAGUUUCAGCUGAGCCUAUGACUGGGGUUGGGGAUCAGCAUGGGCUCCAGGACCCACCCUUGAUGGAUUACUAUCACACAGCUCCUUCUGCCCCCAGAUUCUGACCCCUGGCACAUGCAGACAGACCCUCACAGACUGAUAUCCUUGCCCCAGAGGACCCCAGAGUGGCUGGAUCACUGGGUGGCACUGGCCUUAAGGAGGCUGUGAGGGGCCCUGGCACACUCCCCAGCAGGGAACUCUGGGGUCUGGCAUCCACCUAUGCAUCUGUCUGACCCACUGGGCUCUGGAGCCGGGGUGGAGUGGCCCUCAGGAUACCCCUCUGUAUCAGGUUGGCUGGUAUGAGGCCUUGGCUACCCCUUCCCAGAAUGAGGGUCCUGUCUCCCCCAGAGGAGUCUCAGUUGGUUGGGAGCACUGUUGUCCGCCUCCAUCCUGCAUGGAGAGGGUGCCUACCCUUGAGGACCCACUCAAGUGACCCUGCUAGCACCCCUCCACCUGGGCAGCUCCCUGUGGGACAGGGUCGGGGUAUGGGGUUCACAUUCUCUCUUGUCAGUUCCAGUUCCACUCCCCGCCUUCACUGAUGCCUGGCCAGGCAGGACUCUGCCUGCUAAAAUGGACCAGUGCAGGGGGCUAGGUGGGGGUGCCCUGAGAAUUCACACGUAAAGGUGUGUACCGAAAUUCAUGGAGCUGACCAUCAAAGUGUGUGCAUAGUGUGAGUGUGGCAAGGCAGGGCAGAGCUCACAAGCCUGCCGAGGUCAGCGGGGGCCACCUGGAAGGCUUCCUGGAAGAGGGGAGUCCCGGCGAGCACUGAGAGGGAGACACAGGCUCUGUGGACCAGGGAAGGCAGGUUGAAGAGAGAUGCAGGUGCCCCGGUGAGAGCUGAUGCCAGUGGCCACCUCUUCUGCGCCCCCACCAUCCUCCCUGCAGCUCCCUGUGGCCAGCAGCUCUGCAGCACUCGGCUCUGCUCCACUUCGCUCAGCUCCGCUCCAGGAAGGCCACCUCCUCCCUGCCCUCCUCCUUCCCCCUCCUCCCGCUGUCACCACUCACAGAUCACAGCCUCGAGGGGGUGGGGACCCCAGGGCUGGACACACCCCACCGUGGCCCCAGAGUCCAGCUGAUCGGACGGUCGCACGGUCGGACGCAGGACCCCGGAGCCCUGAGGUGGGCAGUGUGCCAGGGUCCCUCACAGCUGCCUCAAGCCCCAUCCAGGCUAUGGGCAUCAAGACAGCGUUGCCCGCGGCAGAGCUGGGCCUGUACUCCCUGGUGCUGAGUGGGGCCCUAGCCUAUGCUGGCCGGGGCCUCCUUGAGGCUUCACAAGAUGGGGCCCACAGGAAGGCCUUCAGGGAGUCUGUGCGACCCGGCUGGGAGUACAUUGGUCGGAAGAUGGAUGUGGCUGAUUUCGAGUGGGUCAUGUGGUUCACCUCCUUCCGCAAUGUCAUCAUCUUCGCCCUCUCCGGACACGUGCUAUUUGCUAAACUCUGCACAAUGGUUGCCCCUCAGCUCCGCUCCUGGAUGUAUGCUGUGUAUGGGGCCCUGGCCGUGGCGGGCACCAUGGGCCCUUGGUACUUGCUGCUGCUGCUUGGCCACUGUGUGGGCCUCUAUGUUGUCUCACUCCUUGGCCAGCCCUGGCUCUGUCUUGGCGUCGGUCUGGCCAGCCUUGCCUCUUUCAAGCUGGAACCCCUCAUUUCCUGGCAGAGCGGGUUUGUAACAGGGACUUUUGAUCUUCAAGAGGUGCUGUUUCACGGGGGCUGCGGUUUCACGGUGCUGCGUUGCACCAGUUUUGCGCUGGAGAGCUGUGCCCACCCUGACCACCGCUACUCCCUAGCCGACCUGCUCAAGUACAAUUUCUACCUGCCUUUCUUCUUCUUCGGACCCAUCAUGACCUUUGAUCGCUUCCACGCUCAGGUGAGCCAGGUGGAGCCGGUGCGGCCAGAGGGCGAGCUGUGGCGCAUCCGGGCCCAAGCAGGACUCAGCGUGGUAGCCAUCCUGGCCGUGGACGUCUUCUUCCACUUCUUCUACAUCCUCACCAUCCCCAGCGACCUCAAGUUCGUCAACCGUCUCCCGGACAGCGCCCUCGCUGGUCUAGCCUACUCAAACCUGGUGUACGACUGGGUGAAGGCAGCUGUCCUCUUCGGAGUCGUCAACACUGUUGCGCGCCUCGACCAUCUGGACCCGCCCCAGCCUCCCAAGUGCAUCACAGCGCUCUAUGUCUUCGCAGAGACACACUUUGACCGUGGCAUCAAUGACUGGCUUUGCAAGUACGUGUAUGACUACAUUGGUGGGGAGCACUCGGCGGUGAUCCCAGAGCUGGGGGCCACCAUAGCCACAUUUGCCAUCACCACUCUGUGGCUUGGGCCUUGUGAUGUUGUCUACCUGUGGUCAUGCCUUAACUGCUUCGGCCUCAAUUUUGAGCUCUGGGUACAGAAGCUGGCAGAGUUGGAGCCCCUAGCGCAAAUUGAGACCUCUCUGUCAGAGCAGAUGUCCCGCAGGGUCCGCGCCGUCUUUGGGGCCAUGAACUUCUGGGCCAUCAUCAUGUACAACCUUGUAAGCCUGAACAGCCCCGAGUUCUCAGAGCUGGUCGCCCAGCGUCUGCUGCUCUCAGGGUUCCCCCAGACCACGCUGGCCAUCCUGUUUGUCACCUACUGUGGUGUCCAACUGGUGAAGGAGCGAGAGCGAACCCUGGCUCUGGAGGAGGAACAGAAGCAGGACAAAGAGAAGCUGGAGUAGGUGCGGAGGGGAAGAGGGAUGGGUCCUGCUCAGCUCUUCCUGGGCCCUGGUCCAGGCCAGGCCAGAUGGGGCCUGACUGAUAGAAUAAAAGACUUUUCUACCAUG